GACUACUUUUCUCGCGAGAUUUCCCCCUUCCCGGAUCUUUGGUAUGUGGCUGGCACAAAGUGACAGCGCGGCUGAGGGGUGAGAAUGUGAAUGUAACUAAGAAGUAAGUGGAGGAGACGGGCAUGGUGCCCCCGGCGCUGCUGUGUGGUGUGAGCCAUUUCCAAGGAGAAGAUGAAGAUGAUGGCUGGGACCAAGCCCUGAAUUGUAACUCGUAAAUUGUUGGGGAUUUGUACAGAAAGCGUAGGCUGUGUUCACACAACAUUAACCCCCUGGUUGUCGGAAAUAUAUCAGUGCUUGGAGCGUCCCGGCUUCCUCACCCCCAAUCAUGUCUUCUGCUGCACGCCGCACUUUAUGAUUCACAUGCAAUAAAAGAAAAGUUUUCCUGAUCUUCUGAGGUGUGAUUGAAGCUGAAUGGAGAUGGGGUCGAGGGCACUGGUAGCUGUCAUCCCUGUGGAGGGAAUGACCUGUAACUCUUGUGUCCAGACCAUUGAGCAAAAGAUUGGUAGUAUCAAUGGAGUGCACAGUAUUCAGGUAUCGCUGGAAGGGAAAAAUGCUGCGGUUAUUUAUGACCCUACACUACAGACGUCAGAAGCUCUGCAGGAAGCUAUUGAGGAUAUGGGAUUUGAGAGUGCACCUGUUACCACAAACCUGCAGCCUGUACCUACAGAGAGCACCCUUCUCUACACAUCAUCAGAGCAGUCUACAGAGACCAUCUGCACUGGCCUCCUAAAGCUGAAAGGAGUCCUGGAUGCUACGAGCUCUCCUGAUGGUGCAGUCAGUGUGAUGUUCAUACCCUCAGCCCUGAAUACUGACAUCAUAAUUCAGCAAUUUCCAGGACUUAGUCUUGAAGCAAUGGUUGCAAAUAAGAGAUCUUCAGCUUCUCAGGACAAUCAAACUGUAGAUGUCCUGGUAAAGAUGAAGGUGGAAGGCAUGACCUGCCAUUCCUGUACUAGUACUAUAGAAGGAAAGAUUGGGAAACUCAAAGGAGUCCAGCGUAUUAAAGUGACCCUGGACAGUCAGGAAGCUCACAUAAUGUACCAACCUCACCUCAUCACUGCUGCAGAAAUCAGGAGCCAAAUAGAAGAAGCUGGUUUUACAGCAACGAUCAAGAACAAAGCCCUUCCAAAACUAGGAGUCAUUGAUAUUGGACGCUUGACUAAUGCUCAGACUAAUGGUAUUGGAGAAAUAGCAAAGACAAGACCAAAGACUCUUAGUGACCUAACCACAGCUGUUUUCCAGGUGGAUGGCAUGCACUGCAAAUCAUGUGUUGUGAACAUUGAGAGUAACAUUUCGUCACAUCCUGGGGUGUCCAGUGUUGAAGUAUCAUUAGAAAAAAAAUCGGCAGUUAUUUAUUAUAACCCAAAUGUCCUUAAUCCAGAUGCACUAUGUAGGGCUAUAGAAUCUUUGUCACCAGGCACUUUUAGAGUCAGACUUUGUAAUGGCCUGGAAUGCAGUAACCCUUCGAUGAUUGAAAGCUUUUCAGGAACCAGUAAUACAGAGCAAAUAUCUUCUGACCGGGAACAUCAGGACAUGUCGUCUAAAGUCACUGUAGUGAGCAUAGAAGGGAUGACUUGCAAUUCUUGUGUGAAAUCUAUUGAGGGUGUCAUCUCUCUGAAGCCAGGUGUAAAAACUAUCAGUGUGUCUCUGGCAAACAAAAAUGGGACAGUAGAAUAUGACCCUUUGGUUACCAGCCCUGAAACUAUCUGUGCAGCCAUAGAAGAUAUGGGAUUUGAUGCCUCACUAGCUGGCCUGUUACCUGAAAUUACUCUGGAACCCACACACAAACCUCAACGCAAUUCUUUCCACUCAAAAGAAGGCUUCAGUAAAGAAUCCCCUGAGCACAGCAGUCAGGAGACCAGAACAACCAGCAAAUGUUUCAUUCAGGUCUCCGGCAUGACAUGUGCAUCAUGUGUAGCCAACAUAGAAAGGAAUCUCCGCAAGGAAGAUGGUAUUCAUUCCGUCUUAGUAGCUUUAAUGGCGGGCAAAGCUGAAGUGAGAUAUAACCCAAUGAUUAUACAGCCCUCAGGCGUUGCUGAACUAAUCCAAGAACUUGGCUUUGAGGCAACUGUCCUAGAUGACUAUGACCAAGGAGAUGGUGUCCUGGAGCUCGUGGUUAGGGGCAUGACUUGUGCAUCCUGUGCCCAUAAAAUAGAAUCAUGCCUGAUGAAAACUAAAGGGGUACAGUAUAUCUCUGUUGCCCUUUCAACAAAUAAGGCUCAUGCUAAAUAUGAUCCUGAGAUCAUCGGGCCUAGAGACCUCAUGAAGAUUAUUAAUGAUUUAGGAUUCAGUACAUCUUUAGUUAAAAAAGACAGAUCUGCUAGCCAUCUGGAUCACAGGGCCGAAAUACAGAGGUGGAAGCGAUCGUUUCUGAUUAGUUUGAUCUUUUGCAUUCCUGUAAUGGGACUGAUGAUCUACAUGAUGUUCAUGGACGACCAUCACACAAUGCUUUAUCACCACAAUGUGACUAAGGAUGAUAUAACAACCUAUCACCCUACCAUGGUCUUGGAAUAUCAGGUCAUGCCAGGCUUGUCCAUUAUGAACCUGCUGUCUUUCCUGUUGUGUGUUCCUGUACAGUUUUUAGGUGGAUGGUACUUCUACAUUCAAGCAUACAAAGCCUUGAAGCAUAAGACUGCUAACAUGGAUGUACUUAUAGUUCUAGCCACCUCCAUUGCUUUUAUUUAUUCAUUGGUUAUCCUUCUGGUCGCAAUGUUUGAAAAAGCCACAGUGAACCCAAUUACCUUUUUUGACACCCCACCGAUGCUUUUUGUCUUCAUUGCAUUGGGCCGAUGGCUGGAGCAUGUGGCCAAGGGCAAGACAUCAGAAGCCCUGGCUCGACUCAUUUCACUGCAAGCAACUGAAGCUACCAUUGUAACACUGAGUCCAGACAAUUCUGUCUUAAGUGAGGAGCAGGUUGACGUAGAAUUGGUCCAGAGAGGAGACAUUGUGAAAGUGGUACCUGGUGGAAAGUUUCCUGUGGAUGGACGAGUUAUUGAAGGCCAUUCCAUGGUGGAUGAAUCUCUUAUAACAGGUGAGGCGAUGCCUGUAACUAAAAAGUCAGGAAGCAGCGUUAUUGCUGGCUCAAUUAACCAGAAUGGCUCCUUGCUUAUCUCUGCUACUCAUGUUGGUUCUGACACUACCCUCUCACAAAUAGUUAAACUUGUGGAAGAAGCUCAGACAUCCAAGGCUCCAAUUCAGCAAUUUGCUGACAAACUCAGUGGUUAUUUUGUCCCUUUCAUUGUAAUAGUUUCUGUUAUCACUCUGUUUGUCUGGAUAAUUAUUGGCUACCAGCACUUUGAAAUAGUAGAGAAGUAUUUCCCUGGGUACAACCAGAGUAUUUCGAAAGGAGAAGUAAUUGUCCGCUUUGCUUUUCAAGCGGCUAUCACAGUGUUGUGUAUAGCAUGUCCUUGUUCACUUGGUUUGGCAACACCAACUGCAGUCAUGGUUGGUACAGGAGUUGGUGCUCAGAAUGGGAUACUGAUUAAAGGAGGUGAACCCCUGGAAAUGGCGCACAAAGUCCGAACUGUUGUGUUUGAUAAGACUGGAACAAUUACCCAUGGUUCUCCUGUAGUUAUGCAAGUGAAGCUUUUAGUAGAAAGUAACAUUAUGCCUUCAAACAAGCUACUGGCAAUUGUAGGGACUGCAGAGAGCAACAGUGAACAUCCCCUUGGAACAGCAGUCACCAAGCACUGUAAAGAGGUCCUUAACACACAGAUCCUGGGCACUUGCUCUGAUUUUCAAACAGUACCUGGAUGUGGGAUCAGAUGCAAAGUCAGUAACAUUGAACAUAUUUUUAACAGCACCAACCAAACAGCAAAUGUAAACAAUAGCAAAAAUGCCCUGCUUGUCCACAUUGAUGGAAAACAUGAGGACUCUGAUUCCCAGAAAGCAACUUCUUCAUCACAUCAGACAUACUCUGUUCUUAUUGGGAACCGGGAGUGGAUGAAUCGAAAUUUCCUUAAUUUGAAAAGUGAGACUGACGCUCUUAUGUCCGAACAUGAGAAAAAAGGUCGCACAGCUGUCCUGGUUGCUGUUGAUGGUGUCCUUUGUGGAGUAAUAGCUAUAGCUGACACUGUGAAGCCAGAAGCAGCAUUAGCAGUUUAUACAUUGCGUUCAAUGGGACUGGAUGUUGUAUUAAUGACUGGAGACAACAGCAAAACAGCAAAAAACAUUGCCUCCCAGGUUGGAAUAACCAAAGUGUUUGCUGAAGUGCUGCCAUCUCAUAAAGUAGCCAAGGUAAAGCAGCUACAAGAUCAAGGGACACGAGUGGCAAUGGUGGGAGAUGGAAUAAAUGACUCCCCUGCUUUGGCAAUGGCCAAUGUGGGAAUUGCCAUAGGGACUGGAACAGAUGUAGCCAUUGAAGCUGCCGAUGUGGUGCUAAUACGGAAUAAUCUCCUGGAUGUUGUUGCCAGCAUUGACUUAUCACGCAAGACUGUGAAAAGAAUAAGAAUAAAUUUUGUUUUUGCCCUGAUUUACAAUCUCAUUGGUAUCCCUAUAGCAGCAGGUGUGUUCAUGCCAAUAGGGUUGAUUUUACAGCCCUGGAUGGGAUCUGCAGCUAUGGCUGCCUCCUCAGUCUCUGUUGUUGUUUCAUCUUUGCUGCUUAAACUUUACCGCAAGCCAAGUCAGAAAAUACUGGAACUGAGAGCUCAAGGUCAGCUGAGACAAUGGUCACCAUCAGAAAUUAGCGUUCACAUUGGUAUCUCAGAAAACCAGAGAAGUUCUCCAAAGCUCAGCAUGUUCGACCGCUUUGUGAACUACAGCCGUGCUUCCCUUAACUCCUUUCUGUCUGACAAACAUUCUCAGCAGAGUGUUUCACUUAAUGAUCCUGACAAACAUACACUACUUCUAGAAGACCCUAGAGGAGAAGAGGACACAUUUCUGUGAUCAGAAGCACCAAAAUUUGUUAAUUAAAUAUGUACUGACAAUUUAUUUUAUCUGCUAUAUACAGAUAAAUGAAAGAAUAUACCUAAGAAUCAGUGUGGAUGAACUUAGUGAGCCAAGGACGCUUGUCACAACAAUGACGUACCAAUGAGCCUUUUGUAGCUAACAAAUCAAUGCAAUGCAGUGACACCUUGUGGCAGGAAGGUUUAAGACAUUGACUUGCGAGCUUAUGUGCCUUAUUGCCUUGAGACCAUUAUCAUAGAUUGACCAGGACACUUGAUAACGCUGUCAUCUUAUGAACACUUUUUUAUGUUGUUAGUAGGCCAUAUGCCCACUCCAUACAUUCUUCCUGUUGAAUGCGGACAAAUAUCUGGCCCAGCUCUCAUACAAUGCCAGAUAUGUUAGGUCACUGGGAUGGUUUCAAUCUCUCUACUUGACCUUCACAAUCAGUGUUGCAAAUUUGGGAAAGCAGUAAAUAAUUUUCUUUAAUUUCACUAAGUGCCACCCUCCCCCAAUAAAAAGAUAGUAACUCUAUGCUUAUCACACCGCUAUGUGAUUGUAUUACUGCACUGGUGGAUAAAGUUAGUCUUUGCUCCCACAUACAGUAAGAUGCCCUAAAAUUUGCCGAAAACCUGUUUUUGCAAAGACCCCAAUCUGAACCCAGAAGCCACAAAGAUGUUCCAAAGAACCAAGAGUCCAAGGAAGAUUAUUUUGGCUUAAUUUAUUGCAAGGGUUGUAUGGCUAUUAUGUUGUCUUUUUCCAUAUCUGUAUAAUUUUGUUGCAGUUUGCCACUAUUUAUUCCUUAUUUGAAGGAAAACUUCCAAAACUUCUAUAUAAAAUUCCCUAAUGUGUUUUAAACAUGU